GUUUGGGCGUAUGGCGUAUCAUUGAUCACCUAGGACUAUGCUUGAAUGAUUUCCGCUAUAUACCGUACUGUAACUUAUACAGUCCCGUUACUCCGGUGUCAAUGAGGCUUCCCCUGUGUCAUCAAUAGUUGCUGCUACAUUACACUCGAAACUCUUACAUGCACUCAUAAUGGCAUCUGACACAGUAUGCUAUUACAGAUGUACGGCAUGCUGCGAAUGCUUCUUUACCAGUGCAGCAUUCAUCGCUCACGCACAGUCUGUUCACUGCAAGGUGCUAGUCUGUCAAGGUCAUGACCCUGGUGACUCUAUGACCUUUAUGCCUGUGAGUGGCAAUCUUGGCAAUGCUGGAGGGUCGCAUCGAGAUUCGAUGGCAGUAGAACAGCGUGACUACAUUGAUGAAUUUCCUAAGGCCCAGCAGCAGUGCAAUCGUAGCGACGUGGCAAGGUCCACGCGGCAGUCCGUCCUCCAUGGUCGUCGGAGGGCACAAAAGCGUGACAGUCUUGAUAGGCGUGCAAGGUUGUAUGUAUACAAGCACAGUGGUGACGCCGCGAAGACCCGCGCUAAAAUUCCUCGACAAGACGACGGAGUGAGAUUAGAACAAGAUGGUGACAUAGAGGAGAUCGGAACUAGUUUGCGGGAUGAGAGAGUGAAGCUGAGUCGGGCAAUGCAGCAGGUGUUUGUUCAACCAGAAGUGCAGGACCCAGCUGCCAGGACCGAGGCUGGCUUCGGUGAACGCUUGGAGACCUACUCACAGAUUGUAGUCACCUCAGUAGAAAGCCUUGAUGAAUGCGAGGUCGUACAAAAAAAAGAACCAGAAUUCAUAUGUCUAAGUGAUCAUUUGUUUUCUGAUUCGUCGUGCGAUCAAACUGCCACCGGUAGAGCUGAGGACAGUGAGAACCCAGAGGAAGUGCUGUCCAUACCUGCUGCAGAUGCGCAAGAAAUUGAAUUCUCACAACCAUUUCAUAUGUCGCAGUAUAAUACAAGAGAACCGAGUGCAGAGAGUGCAGAGUGCUGGACUAAUGAUAGUGGUGCUGGUACCUCUAGCCUGCAGGAAGCAGAUGUAAUAGAGUUGCAAAAACCUGUGUGCGAAUUAAGUGCAGUGAGACGUCGUACUGGCGUCAGUGCUAGCGAUGUAAACACGCAGUCGGAAGCAGUUGCUUCUGCAGACGCUAUUGCUUAUUUGAACAAAGUGUCGGAAAAUGUGUGGACCAGAAACGGAGGUCUGGUCAGAAAGGGCAGCUACUUCUGUCCUGUCUGCAUGUUAGAAUAUAGAUUGAAGGGGAGUCUGUAUAAGCACAUUCAACAGAUGCAUAAAGAAUUUAAGCCGCUGAAAUGUCAUGUGUGCAGCUAUGCUUUCCUGAUGCGUAGUGAUUUGAACAAACACCUAAGAAAACACACUGGAGAGCGCCGAUUCCAAUGUGUGAUAUGUCAAAAGAGAUUUUUAAGGAAAUACCACCUGCGACGACACGAAACCGCAUGCAGACAGAAGCACUAGAUGUUACAGUGGCUGUCGUGCUCUACACUUGACGUGCACCUGGUUCAAACAUUUACCCUUCCACAAAAUGGCAUGCGUAUGCUAUUACAGAUGUACUGCUUGUGCGGAAUGCUUCUUUACAAAUGCAGAGUUCAUUGCUCACGCACAGAGGAUUCACUGCAAAGUUCUAGUGUGUCAAGGUCAGGACCCCAGCGACACCACAAUGUCACCCAUUAUUGACAUCAGUGGCGAUGUCCCAGAAGGGCAGCAGUGUCAUGACCUUGAGGACUUUAUCGGAAAGCAGCAGGAAGGGCGCAGUGACCUUGACGACUUCAUGACAAAGUCACAUCAAGGUAACGAGCGCGGCGACCUUGACGACCUGCUGGCUAAACCGCAGCAUGGCCAACAAUGUCACGACCUUAGCGACUUCAUCUCAAAGUCGCAGCAAGGUCACGAAGACGCCGACACGUGCUCGUUGCAAGUGUACAACCCUGGUGUUUGCACGCGUCGUGAAGGACUGAUUGGCGGUCAGCAUUUUCGCGAGCCAGCACAGCAGGAUGGCAGCAACGCCUGCUGCAGUGAGACUGUCGAGAGCUCUUCAAAGAUCAGCGCGGCCGAGGCUCUGCUGAAGUACGAAGAUCACGACAUGCAGCCAGACAUGGCGAGCGGAGAGGCCAGCUACAUGUCACACGCGCCGCCAUGCGGCGGACUUGUCGUCAAGACGGAAGCGGGCGAGGUUGCUGGUCAUGCAGCAGGUGGCAGCACUGUCUGCUUUGAAGAGACCGAUUUCCUACAGCCAUUCCGAAUGCGGCACACCGAGCUAGCGUACAGCAGUACCGAUCGUGUGCCACAGAGAGUCAGCAGUGGUCCCGCUCUGCGCAGGAGACCUGAAACCAGUGGCAGAGGCUUGGGGCACUUCCGACAAGCAGUCGGCGAGGCAAACAGUGUGUCAAAUAAUAUGGCUGGCGUGAGCGGAGGGGGGUGGGGAUUAGACGAUCGGGGGGCGAGACUACUCAGGAACCAUAUCUACACGUGUCCUGUCUGUGCGAUACAGUGUCACCUGAAGACGGACCUCAACAAACACAUCCGAGAGAAUCACAAGAAGUACAAACCGAUCAAGUGUGACGUGUGUCACGCCGCCUUCCAAUUCCGCAAAAAUAUGACCGAGCACAUGAAGACGCACACGGGAGUACGUCCGUUCAAAUGCUACCUGUGUAAAAAAGAGUUCCGGCGCAGAUACCACUUGAAACGACACGUCGUGACGUGUGUGACUCCACCGUCUGCAGUUAUAAUGUGAUACAACAGGUGAUUCUCAACGAGUUGUCUAAGUUUGACAGGUCACUCCACAUGAUGCAGCACUCACACUAUCCUGCAGCGGCGGACCUGCAUGCAGUAGCUCCCCCUGCUGGCAGCUCUGACACGUAUUAUCGGUGUACGGCAUGCAGCGAAUGCUUCUUUACCGAGUGUGCCUUCCUCA